AGAGGCUCGCGCGCGCGCGCAGGCCGCGCAGUACCUCAGUCGUGGGCAGGAUCGGCCACGAGCGCCACAGCCCCGCGCUGCCUCUCCCAAGUCCCUGCCCCGCCGCGGCGCGUCACUUCCGUCACCCCCGGCCGGGGUUGGGGCGGGGCGCGCGGGGUAGGGGGCCAGGUCGGAGGGAAGCCCGCCCGUGCCCAAGCCUGCGCCGGAGCAGGGACUACAUUUCCCGAGGGGCCUCGGCGGCGGCUGCGGCGACGGGCGCGGUAACGUCCCCCGGAAGUGGAGCCCGGGACUUCCACUCGUGCGUGAGGCGAGCGGAGCCGGAGACUAGACCAGAGGCCGAACUCGGGUUCUGACAAGAUGGCCGGGCUGCCCCGCAGGAUCAUCAAGGAAACCCAGCGUUUGCUGGCAGAACCAGUUCCUGGCAUCAAAGCAGAACCAGAUGAGAGCAACGCCCGUUAUUUUCAUGUGGUCAUUGCUGGCCCUCAGGAUUCCCCCUUUGAGGGAGGGACUUUUAAACUUGAACUAUUCCUUCCAGAAGAAUACCCAAUGGCAGCCCCUAAAGUACGUUUCAUGACCAAAAUUUAUCAUCCUAAUGUAGACAAGUUGGGAAGAAUAUGUUUAGAUAUUUUGAAAGAUAAGUGGUCCCCAGCACUGCAGAUCCGCACAGUUCUGCUAUCGAUCCAGGCCUUGUUAAGUGCUCCUAAUCCAGAUGAUCCAUUAGCAAAUGAUGUAGCGGAGCAGUGGAAGACCAACGAAGCCCAAGCCAUAGAAACAGCUAGAGCAUGGACUAGGCUAUAUGCCAUGAAUAAUAUUUAAACUGAUCCGAUCAUCAAGUGUGCAUCACUUCUCCUGUUCUGCCAAGACUUCUUCCUUUUUGUUUGCAUUUAAUGGACACAGUCUUAGAAACAUUACAGAAUAAAAAAGCCCAGACAUUUUCAGUCCUUUGGUGAUUAAAUGCACAUUAGCAAAUCUAUGUCUUGUCCUGAUUCACUGUUGUAAAGCAUGAGCAGAGGCUAGAAGUAUCAUCCGGAUUGUUGUGAAAGGUUUAAAAGCAGCGGCCCCUUCCUGCUUUUACUCAUUUCCCCCAUCCUGGUUUAAGUAUAAAGCACUGUGAAUGAAGGUAGUUGUCAGGUUAGCUGCAGGGGUGUGGGUGUUUUUCUUUAUUUUUUUUUGAGGGGGGAGGUAGUUUUAUUUUAAUUUUAUGGGCUCCUUUCCCCCUUUUAUGGUGAUCUAAUUGCAUUGGUUAAAAGCAGCUAACCAGUUAUUUAGAAUAUGCUCUCUAGCCAAGUCUAACUUUAUUUAGACGCUGUAGAUGGACAAGCUUGAUUGUUUGAACCAAAAUGGGAACAUCAAACAAACAUCACAGCCCUCACUAAUAACAUUGUGACUUUGCUGUCAAGUGUAGAUUCCCCCCUUCAAAAAAAGCUUGUGACCAUUUUGUAUGGCUUGUCUGGAAACUUCUGUAAAUCUUAUGUUUUAGUAAAAUAUUUUUUGUUAUUCUACUUUGCCUUUGUACAGUUUAUUUUACUGUGUUUAUUUUCCCAGUGUGACAAUCGUAUUUUAAAAUUAAAACUGAUGGAACAUUCUGUCCUGGUCUUCACCAUUUGACAAAUUGAAUGGCAAGGGGUAGAUUUUGCCAGUUUCUUUUCACUGAUACAGAUUUGUGUUAAGAUAGUGUUGAAUGGAGUAUUUAUAAACUGGCCCUGAGCAUGCAUAAAGCAUCAAUAUCUGACUUUUAACCUUCUAGGAAUUUGAAAUGUGUUUGUGUUGUCUGAUUAGACGAUCAUUGGUGUCUUGCCACAAUGUUGAAAUAUUACUGUACAGGAAAGUCACAGCAAAGAAAGCAGUUGUAACUGACAUGUAGGACUUUCACACUUCUGCCACAUUUUUGCUUAAAAUUUGGGUUAUGACCUUUUUCUUUGUUCUUGUCUGAAAAUUUCAUCUGUAACCUUUGGUGUGUUAUUAAGAAACACUGAUCUGAUAAUCAUUUGGGAUUUGCUGAGGCAUUUGUGAAUCUUCCUUAUAAACCUGCAGAUCUCAAGCAUCCAGCUUGCGUGUCAUCAGGAAGGUUUAUUCCUUUGAGAGCAUCAAAUCCUCAAAUCAAUGAUUCUUGCUUUCAUCCCUCUAGUAUUUGCUAUGGGAGCUCCUUUUAUUCUUUAAUUUGAAAUUCAGUAAUUUUUCUUCUUCAUUGACAGAGUUCCUCCCCUCACAAAAUUGUUCUUUAAGUCAUAAAUGUAGCCAGUCAUAAAUACAUAAAUGUUAACUUUUGGGUUGGAACUUUGUCUCUUGCAGUUUAAGGUAAUGGAUAUUGUAGCCCAUUUGAAUUUUCUUCACUCUUAUUCUCGUAAUUCUGGAGUUUCUUCAGAUUGUGGUGUAUUUUAUUGUGCUCCUAUGUAAGAUGAAGAAUUAACUAUUAAAAUUACAUUUUCAACAUA